UCUGUUGGAAGUAGAAUCUGAAACACAGGCAACCUGUCCCGUCCCGAACUGGAGUAACAGCCGUUUACACAACAGUGAAACCAACAGAGCUGUACGAGAAAAAUCGGAUCAUCUGCGCCAAGUUCAUGCAGACGACAAACGAUGCAUUUUUAGAUAUGUCCGUCUGAAGAGGGUACAGCUUUCAUCACACUAUUAACAUUCAAGUCCACAGAUAACCGCAGCUUUUGGCUGUUUUUUUUUUUUAAUUUUCGAGAUAUUUAUUUUAAUGUUCACGUAACGCGGUGAACUGCGGUCGACAGAGAGAAGCGGGAGCAGGACCAGGCUACAGAAAGGAACAUUCGCCACUUGUUGACCUCUGCGAAACAAAAUAAGAGAAGUGAAAAGCGAAGAAACCCACAGCGGUUCCCGGUGGUGCUGGUUCCCAGUAAAGACACAGCGCAUGCGGGACAUGGAGAUGUUGCGCCGGUCGUCCGUUUUCGCCUCUGAGGUGAUGGAUGUGUUCGACCGUUCCCCCACGGACAAGGAGCUGGUGUCCCAGUCCAAGGCGCUGUGCCGGGACUACAUUCACUCCAGACUGAACCGGGCCGGAAUAGGCUGGUCCAAACCUGAGCAGAGCCUGGCGGCUGCGGGAGGAACGCUUGGUGAGGUCUCCUCCAUUCUUCUUUGGUUAGGAGAUGAGCUGGAGUACCUGCGGCCGACGGUGUACCGCAACGUGGCUCGCCAGCUCAACAUCACCGUGGCAUCUGAGAGCCUGGUGUCCGAUGCCUUCCUGGCAGUGGCUGAUGAAAUCUUCUCCACUGGAGUGACGUGGGGGAAGGUGGUGUCUCUGUACGCAGUGGCGGGUGCGCUCGCUGUGGACUGCGUUCGGCACGGACACCCUGUCACAGUCCACACCAUCGUGGACUGCUUCGGCGAGUUUGUGCGCAAGAGCCUGUCCCCCUGGCUGAAGAGGAGGGGUGGAUGGACGGACAUUAUGAAGUGCGUGGUGAGCUCUGACCCCCGCUUCCGCUCUCACUGGCUGGUGUCGGCAGCCUGCAGCUGCGGCCACUUCCUGAAGACCGUGGUCUUCUACCUGCUGAGAGAACGGUGAGGGCGGGGGCGUGCCCAGUCUCCGCCCAGCCCUGCCGAGUUGGGACCUCACCGCAUGGAGAUCGGGUUACACUCGCACCAACUUGUAACGACAAGGCAAAACUCAUCACAAGCAAAGCAUAGCCUUUGCACAUGAAAGACUUGCUGCCUAUCAUCAUUACCCUGCCAUGGAAAGCGCUAUCCCCUUGACCUUUUAAACAGCUUUUCUUGCAUUUCUCAGUGGUUAGACUUCUUCCAAAGAGGAAUCACCUCCCUUGCAGUAUUGUGGAGUCAGUCGCACAUUUCUGUUUUCUGAUUCCUGCGAGUUCCUGAGUGUGUGUAUUCUCGGGAAGGGAUUAUGCUUCUCUGAAGGGCUGGUAAGCACAAAGUAACAUUUCCCUGAAGGAGGAAAAGUAGGCAAAGUAGGCUCCUUGGAUUUAGUCCACAGACAAGUGGGCCACAAAGGACUUAAUAUGCUAUUUUAAACCCGGGCCUUGGAGGUUCGUCUGGGAGAAGUACCACUGUGUCAUGAAAGUGUGUUGUAGUGUGUCAGGCUGAUUGGGGUCUGGACGACCAAACUACGCACUUAAAACCCCCACCACUGAGCCUGCUCAGACCACAGAACAGCAUUGUCACUCAACCGCAAAGACCUGCAUAGACCAAUUUUCAUUU